AUGGAACAAGCUGCAACUCUGAAUUAUCUGGAUGUGGUGAAGUGGCUGCAGUCCAAUCGGACCGAAGGCUGCACGAAGCUUGCCACGGAACUCGCGGCAGGAAGUGGGCACUUGGAGAUGGCGGAAUGGCCCGACACUCAUCGUUCGGAAGGGUGUUCGGCUGCAGCUAUGAGUUGUGCCGUGAGCAGAGGUCAUUUGGAGGCCGUCAAACAGCUACAUUGUCAUCAAACAGAAGGGUGCGCAACCGCAGCCAUGAGCUGUGCUACGCGCAGCGGGCACCUGAAAACUAUUGAGUGGUUGCAUCUAGAUCGAAGCGAGGGUUGUAGGGUCCAAGCCAUGGAUGGAGUAGCAUCUAGCUGUGGUCAAGUACCUUCAUAG